AUGUCGUCAGGAACGGACUCGAAAGUUAAGAAGAGCCGUAAUAGAGUGCCCAUUUCGUGCGAGCCAUGCCGAAAGAAGAAGCUGAAGUGUGACCGCACGAAGCCAUGCUCUAGCUGCGUCAAGAACAAGACUCAGUAUUCGUGUAAGUAUGCUAAUCAGAAUCUGGACAACAUGAACAAGAUGCAACUCACAACUGAGAUCAUCAACCUGAAAAUGAAAGUCAACAAACUGGAGAAAAUCCUGCAAGCUAAUAAUAUCAACGCUAGCGAGUAUAGCGAUUUGUCGUUUGUGUUUAAUGAGUCAAUCAGCCGAAUGAGCGAGGACCAGGAGGAUCCGGUGCUUGAUUUAUCAGAGAAAUUUGAUCGCAUGAUCUUCAAGGAAAAUAGAAUGUUGCGUUCGGGUGCUACAUCCUACGUGACAUUUAUUAAAGCAGAUAAGCAGCUGAGCUUGCUUUUUGAGGCUCUUAACAAACGACAUGAACAGGAAUACGAGGAGUAUAUGAACGCACAGAAGAUCAAGGUCCAGCACGACUCUAAGAUGUUUGAUAACAGCAACAUUGCGCGCAAACAUGCUUACCAAGACAAGGAUCUUUGUAUGGACUCUAUUCUGAGCGGUAUGACAACUACCACGCUCACCGCUUCAGGGCUUUUGAAAAGUCAGGACAUUUUCGCACUAGCAAGCAGCAAGCUUCCUCCGAUGUUUGCGAUCGAGGCUCUUGUUGAUCGCUUUUUUACCCAUGCUUACUAUCUGGUUCCUUUUGUGGACGAGGAAACUUUCCGCGAGGAGCUAACAUAUGUUCUACUGUCAGAUGAAAAGGGAAAUCCAAGUUUCAAGGUGGCACAUCAUCAAAACACAUCAAUUGUUUCGCUGCUCCUAAUUAUCCUCCGAUACGCCUACAUGACCAUCAACGUGAAGGAGUUCGAUGAAAACCCUCGCUCGAUAGAAGACGAGAACUUAGCAACCAUGUUAAGAAUGGGCAUCGUUAUCGGUCCACAGUAUAUCGAAUUGGCAAAGAACGUCCUGUUGAGCAUGCCUCCCGAGGAGAGCAUUUUUAGAAAAGUGACGAUUCGCAACAUACAGGUGCUGAUGUUCCUAAGAUGGUACCAGAGCUACUCACCUGAGCUGAGUGAGGAUUACUACGAAGCAUCGAUUUCGCUCAGCCUGAUUAUCCAGAUGUGUCGUGUGCUGGGUAUCAACAGAGACCCCGACCACUUUUCUGAGGUGUUCCGAGACGAAAAAGUGAAGAAUUUGAGAAGAAGAAUAUUCUACAAGCUCUAUUAUAUGGACACAUUGAGCGCUUUUGAUCUCGGAACGCCGGUUGUGAUUCAUCCAGAUGAGUACGAUGCCAUGUUGCCAAAAAUCAGCGCCAAGGAAAAGGCCACUUUGGAUGAUUUCAAGCGCGGAAUGUCUAUCAGUAUUACUGGAAAGCAACUCAAGUCCAUCAUUAACGAAAAUGCCAUCAAUAGGGAUAUAGAUCUCGAGUUUGAAGUUGCCAAACUGAUCCGCAGAGCCAUCCAAUUGUGUCGUAACUACGAUGACGGUGCGAAGAAAUCCGAGUUCCUGGCACACAUCCAAAGGAUUGAGCUUUUCUUGAAUAGUCGCCUAAGCUCAAUUUACGAGAUGCUGGACAGUGGGGAGCUAGCGGGUAGUUUCAAGAUCGAUGAUCCUAUUGAGCGGAUUUUCAACAUUUCGAAGAUCAAAAAACUGGAAAUGAGACUGGUUCUCCUUUCCUUGUUGAAUUGUCUCCACUACUUGCUGUUCCUGUAUGCUUCAGAGGAUCAGGAGGAGGAAAAACUGGAGCAUGCAAUGAAGGCGUCUGAACCGGCCCUAAUCUUGUUCAAAUUCACUUAUGACUUUGUGAAGUAUUUGACGGAGUCGUCCACCAUUCACGGAGCCAGCAAGUCACACCAGAACUUCAAGCGGUUCUUCAAUGGUCUGGAGAUUCCUUUUGCAAGCAAAGUCCAGGCCUGUUUCCACAGAGGUAUCUUGUGGACAAUGUCGAUUUUCCUCCAAAACUUCACGUCUGACCAUUUGAAGUUUGAAAUCCUUUUGAAGAAGUUUGGCAACUCUGUGGACUCUGUUGUUGUGCUGAACUGGCUCAACAUCGACCUUGACAGAAAUACCAACGACCAGUUUUUAAUCAUCAUGUUCCACUAUCUAAAGGAAUACUAUCUCAACAGUAUUGGUUUGAAGACAGACUUUUUCUGUUGCUGGAGGGUCUCGAUGAUUAUCAAGAUUUUCUUCAACUUCUUCAAGAACACCAAGCAGGAAAGAUUUGAGAAAGUGCUCACGCACUACGAGCUUGCAAGCGAGAACCAGAAUUUGAGAAAGGACUUUUCGUAUGCCGAGGCCAGAAUUUUGAGCUCGGACCCUGAAAAACUGAAGAGCGGGCUCUCUUUGCCGAAUAUGCCCAACCCGCUAGAGCCUGAGCCUACACAACUGACCACCAAAGGAUUUGAACAGAUCAUUUACGGCAAUGGGGACGAGUAUCUGGACGAGUUGCUCAAGGAGGACCUAACCUAUCGUCCAUCGGCUCGUGCGUACUCUUUCUUCAACGUUUCCGACUUCAACGCUUUGGGGGCCCCUGAAUCAUUCCAGUCGACGGCCUCCAGCUCGGUCAACCGCCCUUCUGAAACAGAUUCUUUCAGCCACUCGAAUUCCACGGACCACCCUUCUACGAAAUCGAGUGGCUCCGUUGGAAACGUGACUUUUGAAGAUCCUAGCAAGGCCGACGUCAUGUCGUUCGAAGCGCCGGACCUUGUUAGUCCCUUCGACACGUACGCCAGUCAGAUCAGCGCAAUUGACCAGGAAGUCCCUGGCGAAAAGAGCAUUAACCUUCAAGACUUCAUCUCUCAGUUUUCCAAAGACUCGAUGUUUUCGAACUGA